AUGGCUCCCCCUGUACGCUGCUACUGCAAAGUUACAAAGUGCAAUGGCAUUCUUGUUCCACCUCACGUUUUUCGCUCGCAUGAGCGCUCUGACUUACGCCAACGAACUCUUGCUGAUCAGGCUAACUUUGCCCGGUGUGUCGGGCAACGCAUCAUCUCACAGGGUGAUGCAGAUAUUGAGCCAGUUCCUCGAGGAUUUUCAGUUCCAUUACAUGAACCUCCCCCUCCCUUGUCUCCGGAGUUUCGUGACCCUUUGGAGGAUGUUGUAUUGGAUUACGGGGCACUUACAGAUGUAGAUUUUGGUAUUGCGACAUCCAGCGGCCCUCUGCCCAACCUUGGUCCUAACAUGCGCAGUCCCAAGGUUCUUAUUGCCGCUGUUGACCACUUUGACGUGUAUAACAAUGCGACAGCUGCUGGCUCUCGGCCCCUGACAGCUCAUGACGCGCACAAACUUCCUCUUGACCCUGAGCAACGUGCUUUUGAACAGCAACUUGCGAAGACCGUCGAGGAAAUGCAGAGAGAACAAGCUGCUCUUGAUGAUGAAGGGGAGAUACAGGAUUUCGAUGGAGAUGGAUGCUUUGAUGGACCCGAUGAAGAAGAAGACCGUGCGCCUAUACAGGCAGAACCAGGGGAGGACGACCCUGAUCCCUUCCUUCCUGAUGAAGACUACUUUUCAGAAGACCACACGGAUCUUUCGCACCUCCCUCACCAUCUGCUAGUAAUAUACGCACUUGUCUCAUGGCUUCACCUUCAGUUUCACCUUCCACGAGUUGCAUACAAUGCACUCCUUGCGAUACUGGCUUGCAUUUUACUCUCGAUUGCACCCGCCAUCGACACUCCUUUUAUAACGCUCCAAUCCAGCAAUCGGGUACUUGGUGUGGACAAGACUAUCUACACUCUUCCUGUUUGUCCUUCUUGCCGUGAAGUUUUCCCUCCUGCUGGUUCAGUGCAUACCGUGGAUACCUGUCUGAUCUGCCUCGAUGAUCUUUUCCUGUCAGAACACAGGUAA